GUUAACAUUCAUUUAAGUGUCGAAUAAUUGUUACAAUAUUUUUUUAUGAAUGUAUUCAAACAAAGGAAAAAUACGUGAAUUCAAAAAAUCAGCUUCGUAUUUACUAAAUAAUCAGUGUUAUUGUUGAAAUAAUGCCUAGUGUCAUAGUAUAUAAUACCAAUGCAGACAAACAAGUGCGAGACUUCAAGGAAUUAGCACCCGACGCUCAGGAACUAAUAAGAGCAGCUAUAGAGGCACGCCGUAUGGCUUAUUGUCCCUACAGCAAGUUUCAAGUAGGCGCGGCUAUACAAACGGGAGAUGGUUCAAUUUACACAGGUUGCAAUAUAGAAAACGGUGCAUAUCCGGCGGGAAUUUGCGCUGAGCGCACAGCUGCUUGCAAAGCGGUUAGUGAUGGGAAGCGUGAUUUCGUUGCCUGCGCAGUUGUGGCGCAGCAAGAGAGCGGAUUCACCACUCCCUGCGGAGUAUGUCGGCAGUUCCUAGCUGAAUUUGCGAUGCAACGAGAUUUUGCGCUAUAUUGUGCCAAACCAGCUUGUCCGCCGCUACACGUUCUGGUCACAAGUAUUCGAGAUCUGUUGCCGCGCAGCUUUUCGUUUUUGGGAAAUAAAUAAAUUGGUAUAGUAUUAACUGUAAAACUUUGGAUGGAAUAUUUGAACGAAUGUACUAUAUUUUUUUCUAAAUAUCAAUGAACUUAUUAACUUUUGAAAACGGUUACUAAA